AUGCCUUCGGAAAAGGUACCGUUCUACGAUCCGGUGCCACCGACGUACGAUGAGGCACUGGCCGGCAGCAGUCGAAACUGGAUGCCGCCACCACCCACGCGAGAUCCCAUCGACGAGCGCAACGCGACCGAGACCGAAUCGCAAUCACUAUUGCCGCGCUCCGGCGAAAACUCACAAGGCAGACGGCCUAAUGGCUACCGGCCGCCGACGGUCGAAUCAGACGAGGAAGAUGACCUGUGGAACAGCGACAGCGAUGCCGACGAGACGAAUCAGGUGCGCCGCGAGAUGGAGGAGUUGGAGAUUGAGGAGCCAAAUCGGACGGGAGGAAGUUCAUUAUGGGGGAAGCGGAUAGGGUUCAAGCUGUCGCUGCCGGCGUGGAAAUGGUCGUGGCGAUUCAGGAUGCCUCGGUUCCGCAUCCAGCUGCCGCAGCGGGCGUCGCUAUCAGCGGGCUCCUCUCCCGACGACGAGGCUAUCGACACAGACGAGAUCGACAACGUGAGGUCAUGGAUGCAGGAUUUCGCCUUCCCCAAGGUCAACAGCAUGAUGGUGCUGGUCACGUUUGCGCGGCUAUUGGCGCUCGCCAUCGUCAUCGGCUUCAUGUACUUUCUCUUUGCGAGCGGCAUGCUGACUGGUAUAACGAAUGGCGUCAACAACGGAGGCCUGCGCUUCGACCCGGAGGACCUUCGAGUCCAUUUGCAGCGAACCGUCGAUCCCAGGAGAAUGCGCGCCGCCGUAAAAAUCUUUUCGAGCUACGCACAUAUUGCCGGCACCGAGGGCGACUAUGCGACGGCACUCGACGUGGAGGCAAUGUUCAACAAGGCUGGGUUGGAUGUGGUGCAGAAGGACGACUACUACGUAUAUCUCAAUUACCCGCGCGAAGACGGCCGAGCCGUGCAGAUUAUGGACGACAAGGGCGAGAAUGCGAUUUGGACGGCUGCGCUGGACGAGAUUGAGCGUGGCGGAGAGACGGCUGGGAAACAGACCCCGGCGUUUCAUGGACAUUCCAAGUCUGGCGAUGUUAAAGGCCCGCUGAUUUACGCAAAUUACGGAUCAAGGGAAGACUAUCAGAAGAUUAAGGAUAUGGGCAUCGACCCGAAAGGAGCGAUUGCUCUUGUUAGAUACUACGGCACGCAGACGGACCGAGCUCUCAAAGUCAAGGGAGCUGAGUUGGCGGGCUUCGCAGGGUGUAUCAUUUAUAGCGAUCCUGCAGAUGACGGCUUCCUCAAGGGUGAUGUCGCCCCUGGUGGGCGGUAUAUGCCGGAGGAUGGUGUUCAAAGAGGCGCCGUCAGUCUGAUGAGCUGGGUCGUUGGCGAUGUGUUGACACCAGGCUGGGAGAGCAAGAAAGAGGUGCCUCGCGUCAAGGUGAACGAAGCAAAGGGACUGGUCCAGAUCCCUAGUCUCCCGCUUGCCUGGAGAGACGCACAGAUUUUGUUACAGCACCUUCAAGGUUUCGGACAAAAGGUACCGGAUGCCUGGAAGGGAGGCGUUCCCGAAGUCGGCGAGUGGUGGACCGGCAACUCGUCGUCGCCGAUUGUUCGUCUAAAAAACGAGCAGGAUGAAAAUGAGAAGCAGCCCAUUUGGAAUGUAUACGGAAAAAUUGUGGGCAUGGAGCAGUCAGCGAAAUCGAUCAUCCUGGGUAACCACCGAGAUGCGUGGUCGUUUGGUGCAACUGAUCCGCACACGGGCACGGCCAUCAUGAUUGAAAUGGCACGCAUCUUUGGCGACCUGGUUGGCCGGGGCUGGAGACCUCUUCGUUCUAUCGAGUUCAUGUCAUGGGAUGCCGAGGAGUACAACCUCAUUGGAUCUACCGAGUUUGUCGAGAAGAAUGUGGAUUCUCUGCGUGAGAAUGCAUUUGCUUACAUCAACUUGGAUACUGUUGUAUCGGGACCCGAAUUCCGCGCCUCGGGAUCUCCUCCGCUUCAAAAGAGUCUGUUUCGUGCCAUGAACCGAGUGACUGACCCGAACUUCAACACGACUCUCAAGGAUCUCUGGGACCGUCGCGGUGCUAAGCUCGAGGGCUUGGGGGCAGGCAGCGAUUAUGUCGCUUUCCAGGAUAUUGCCGGGACAAGCUCGAUUGACCUGGAGUUUGGCGGCGAGCCAUUCCCUUACCACUCCAGCUACGACAACUUUGAACUGAUGGAGCAGGUUCUUGAUCCAGACUUUACUUACCACGGCUUAAUGGCUCAAGUUGUCGGCCUCCUCCUCCUCGACCUAGCCGAUAGGCCUAUUUUGCCCUUUGACAUGGUCAACUACGGCCGGAAUCUCCAGUCUUGGAUCGGCGAUCUGGAAUCGUGGGCGAAGAAGGAGGAAGAGAAGAAGAGCAAGAAGGAUAUUCUAAAAUUCGAUGACCUCAAGGAUGCGGCCGCCACGGUCUCUGCAAAGGCAGAGCAGUUCUCGAAAUGGGAGGCUGAAUGGGACCGCAUGGUUCACAGAAGCGGAGGGUGGGAGACGCAAGAGCUGGGCGGAAAGCGGAUUGCAUAUAACAAUAAGAUGGGCUACUUUGAGUCGAUGCUGUUGGACUUGGAGUUUGGCGGCGGUAUUCCAAAUCGCACACAGUUCAAGCACGUCGUGUAUGGCCCGCAACUGUGGUCUGGCUACGACGAGGCCUUUUUCCCUGCGAUCCGCGAUCUUGUGGAUGCGGAGCUGUGGGACGGGGCGAAUUCAUAUAUCAACAAGACGGCGACUCUGAUGAUGGAAGCGGCAUCGAUUUUGGAGAUAUAA